GAGACUUGGCCCUCACUUCGGUCAGACAAAAUGAUCAGGGCCGGCCACAUCGAAAUUGUUAUGCUCUUAGGAUCACUUCUCUCUAUUGUUUUUUUUCUUCAAUAUUAUAGCGACACUGAAAUGUUCCGCUCACCAAAACUUGUAAAAAUGUAUAACAAUUCCUAUAAAUACUCAUUCCCAAAAUGUGAACAAAACAUGGCUGCUGCCAGAAUCUCAGGCUUCGAUGGUUUCCCUGAUAUACUUAAAGACUUUCUUUACUAUCGUCACUGUCGCUAUUUUCCCAUGAUUCUGGACCUUCCUGACAAAUGCGGAGGCAUCGAAGAACCUGAAGACAUCUUCCUUCUGCUUGUAAUUAAAAGCUCCCCCAUGCAUUAUGAACGACGUGAAGUGCUGCGAAAAACCUGGGCUCAAGAGAGGUCAUACAAAGGUUUGCGGAUUCGAAGGAUUUUCACCCUUGGAACAAUGGGUAAUAACUUUGAGAAAGAGCGAUUGAACAAACUCCUCAAAACAGAGCACCAGGAACACAAUGACAUCCUCCAAUGGGACUUUCAAGAUACAUUUUUUAAUCUCACUUUAAAGCAGGUUCUAUUCCUCAAAUGGAUGAAAAGGAACUGUCAACAAGUUAAUUUUUUGCUAAAUGGUGAUGAUGACGUUUUUGCCAAUACGGACAAUAUUGUGGACUACCUCCAUGGUCGCCGUGAAAAUAAUGGAAGCCAGCAUCUGUUUACCGGUUUUCUGAUAAAGAAUGGAUUUCCUGUAAGAUGGGACAGGAGCAAGUAUUUUGUUCCAUCUCAAGUAUAUGAAAAAAAUGUUUACCCCAACUAUUGUGGUGGUGGGGGCUUUCUUUUGUCCAGCUUUACAGCUUUAAUGAUAUAUAGCUAUUCCAAUGCCAUUCCACUUUUUCCUAUUGAUGACGUUUACAUGGGAAUGUGCCUGGAAAAAGCAAAACUGGCACCAACACCUCAUAUCGGUAUAAAGACAUUCGGAUGGUACAUUCCCUCCAAAAAAAUAGAUCAAUAUGAUCCUUGCUAUUUUAAAGAUUACCUCUUGGUACACCAAUUCUUUCCUAAUAAUAUGUACCUUAUGUGGCAUCAAAUAAAUGACCCUAAUCUGAAAUGUGGUGUCACAAAUUCGUCUAGGACGAUCCAAACUUAAACUUACGGUUAGUGAUAUUGCACUUUAUGACUUUAAGUCACAGCAAUCAUUGAAUUAUGUAAAAGUUUUAAACUGAUAUAUCACGUUUGCCCAUAUAGACAGUCAGCCAGACAGCCACUGUUACAUGAGUGACAUAAUCACAAACAGUACAUAAAAGAUUCAGUACUGAUUUUAUUUCUGAUUUGUUUUUUUGUUUUGUUUUUUAACAUGUG